AGUAAAGCUCUUCUAGUUUUAAACCUGACUGAUGAGCUGUCUGCUGCUGACUGUUGAGAAAACCUGUCCGGGUUGCAUCACAGCGCCGCUGGUUCAGACUUGUUUUGAUACAGUCUAUGGUGCAGACCUGUGUCUGUAGAGCUGUAGUGUGCAGUAUUCAGAGAGCGCUGCAGUAAUUGGUCGCAGUGUCCUGAUCAUUACGAGCCGCGAUAAAAUGGGUCAAAAUCUCUGUGUCGAGCCAUAAAUAUCACAAAGAGAGUAAGAUGGACUAUAGACGCAAGAGGAGACUGACCUUCUUCACGAUAGGACUGAUCUUCUUACUGAGCGGGAUCGAGUACGCUGUGAUUUUGCCCACAAUAUGGCGGUAUCUGCAGACGUUGAAUGCAGCACCGUACUUUCUUGGUCUCAGCCUGUCAGCGUUCAGCUUCAGCGGGCUUCUCGCCGGUCCUCUGUUUGGCUUCUGGUCAGAUCGCACACUCGCCACCAAAAAAAUCAUCCUGUUCGCCAAUGUCUUUGAGAUUGUUGGUAACUUCAUGUAUUUUAUGGGAUACUCCAAAUGGUUAUUGCUCUGCAGUCGUCUAGUCGCAGGUAUUGGCACUGGCGCGGGAUCAUCGAUCUUUGGCUUCUUGACUAGAAAUACAGCCCCUGAGGAUCGUUCGACUGUUUUCGCUGCGGUUAUGGCCUGCCGUCAAGCUGGGCUUCUCAUUGGUCCUGCAUUCAAUAUCUUUCUCAGACUCUGUGACUUCCAGAUCGGACCUUUUACAGUGAACAAAUACACUUCCCCGGGGCUCUUCAUGUGCCUGCUGUGGAUCCUUCUUCAGUUUGUAGUCCUGUUCAUGUACUGGGACUUCACUCCUCAAGAGGAGACGCGUCAGAGGAACGGAGUGGAGCGGGAGGAGGUGGAGCAGGAGGAAGAGGAGGGAAAACCUUUGGUUGGGCCCAACGAGCUCACUGGCUCAUACGGGACGGUCACCAGCGUCAAGUCCAGAACCUCUUCAGUGGCCAACGGAGAUGUGACCCAUGUUUCCCCUCCGCCUUCACCUCCCCCCGAGGAGGUCAGCUCCAGUCCCUUCAAGAACUUCAGUGCCAGCAGAGAGUUCAUCAGAGAGGAGGUGGUUGUGCUGUUGGCUGCUCAGUUUAUCACACUGUUUAAUCAGACAGCUCUGGAGACGAUGGUGACUCCUCUGACGCAGAAGUUCUUUAACUUUGGCGAGUUGGAGAACAGCAUCAUGUACUGUCUGUGUGGCGUUGAGGUGAUUGCUGGCUUCCUGUUUGUGCGCUGGCUGAGCAAGCGUGUGGCGGAGCGAGUGGUGCUGGCCGUCGGCCUCAUCCUCUGCAAUAUCUCCUGUGUCUGGUGCCUGAUCUUCCUGGCCAAUCCUCAGGGUGGAUUCGCGUGGCAGCUGGCGGAGUUCAUCAUAGGUGUUUUCCUUCAGGUCCUGGGCCUUCCUUUUGUGGCAGUCGCCCAGGUGUCUCUCUUCUCCAAAAUUACAUCAGAGAAGACGCAAGGGUUCAGUCAGGGGAUUCGGCGCUCUGUCGGAGGACUGGCCACCAUUCUCGGGCCUCUCUGGGCGGGUGGUCUGACCUUUAACCUGUACGUAAUGCUGGGGCUGAUGAUGGGUCUGCUGGCCCUGCUCACGAUCAUGAUGGUGGUGUCGUACGAGCGGCUGGUGGCGCCCGAAACUGUAGACCGUCCCACAGGAACUGAGUCUGAAGACUGAGGUUUGCCAUCAACUAGUUUGUGCUGUUGUCGGUGAGCUGAAUCAUUUGACUCAAUAAAUCUUGAGAAAUCCAUCUAGGUUUGACUCCAGCCGAUCAGUGCCAAGUGGACAUCAUCUGGAUUGACUGCAGCAACAGACAUAAAUGCAGUGAAUGGAGACAUCAGGAGCGGGUAAGACCAACACAGCAAGCGCGAGGCCGAUGGAUAAAUCUCUGGAUGUCUUCAUCUCUGCUCUGUGCAGGGCUCUGAUCAGGGCCAAGACUCUUUAAAAGGACGUUUCUGCUUUAUUUCCUGUGGAAAUUCCUGUAGAGGAGAUGUUUUAGGACGAAGAACGAAGGCCACAUUCUGAGGGAAAAUCCAUUCAUGUGCGUUAUAAUGCUUUUAUAUUAAUAAAGAGAUCAAUGCGUUUAGGACUAUAUAUAUAUA